AUGGUCCAGCUACCUCCCGACCUCGGGCUUAAGCUCUGUGUAGGAAUCUUCUUGUUAAGCGCGCUAUUCCUGACCACCUCCUACAACACCACCUUCGCUUUUGAUCGCCCAGUCAGCACGUCUAUCCUGGUCUGUUUCCUCACAGGAUUGACCUCCUUGAUAUGGAGUCGGUUCGUAUCAGUCGCGGCAUCGCCAUUAUCGCCCACAAGUAAACGGCCAGUUAUCCCUCUCGCGGAGCAGUUUGAGCUUCCCUCCAGGGCCUCGACCUCUUCUUUCCCCCUUGGCGAUUCGGACAGUCGCCCUCGGCUACAAUGCCAAUCUUUAAAGGUCGGCUCUUGGUGGGUAAACGUUGGCCUCUUGCUGGGUUUAUGUGGCUUGCGAAUUGAGUCGUUCCGCAAAGUUACCCGAAACACAGAAUGCGCGCCUGCUGGAUAUGCCUAUGCCAUCCCUUUCGUUAUUUCGCUCUACGACUAUUGGCGCAACCAGCGAUUACGCCAAGUGGAAAGAUAUGUUCCUACAAAACAAUUCGAUCAGCUGCCACUCCAGGUGGUCUACUCGUUUUCCCGUCGAAGCUUCCAUUAUCUUACGCAGAGCCGGUUUCGAGGUCUGAUUGCAGCAGCCUUUUUGUCCAUUGGGGGACUCCUGGCUUCAUCAUUUUCAGCUGGAAACCGCUCAACCUAUAUCUGCCCUAUUGUGUUACAUGGCGCAUCGCGAUUGCAAUCAUACAAGCUCUUCAACUUGUUUGCGGACUCCAUCUUACUUAUCGGUGUCACCGAGUUAUGCCGGAUUGGCGCGCAUUUUGACGAUGCGCGGAGAAAACGAGCCCUAACAUCCCUCGGGUUUGGUCUCCUGGUUAUUUCCCUGGUCUGGACUAUUAUAUCUAGGCUAAUGACAGGAAGCUAUGGUGAAUCCGCCGGUCCAUCAGUGUUGAAUCUGGAGUACUCGCGCAGUGCUUUCAACCAAUGUGUGUUGGUACUUCUCCUGAUUUUCUCAGCCUGGCAUAUGUUGCCGCAUUUUGACAUCCUCGGAGUAUCAAUCAUAGGCGGUUUCAUGACCUUAUACUUCUCCUCUCUAUCGAAUGUCGCCGGUGCACAAUCGCCCUUCCCAUUCACAUACCUGAUCCACGCUGUUAUCCCGUUAAUCGCAUCUUUAACGGGUGCUCUCCUUUUCCUUCUCGCACGAGUCGUAUAUAACGAAGAGCCAAGAUUGCACCACACCAACAUUGCCGUACAAGUUCUAUUUGCCUUGCUAUGUGGGAUCAGUCUCAUUUUUGCAGUGAGCAAGGAUCGUCUUGUUCACAUUCACCCGAUCGAUGUGCUCAUCCACAAUGGCAGCAUUCAGCAUGACAGCUACCUGGCGCAGGCGUCUAAUAGCAGUACCCUCGAAGAUGCUGUUUCAGAAUACAGGAGGCGAUAUAAUCAGCAUCCGCCACCGGGCUUUGACCAGUGGUAUCAGUAUGCCACUGUCCGAUCAUCAGUUAUUAUCGACGAUUUCGAUCAGAUAUACCAUGAUCUACUUCCCUUCCGAGCUCUGGCUCCAGAGCACAUACGGGCAAUGACGCACGAACUAGCAACGAACCCUUUCAAUGAUCUUGGUGGAAUUAUCGUUCGCAACGGCACAGCCAGGGUGCAAGAAGGCAUCAAACCUACUCACGCGUGGAUGGUCCAGGGUGCCGCAGACAUGAUGGAACCCUUUGCGAAAUAUCUCCCGGACAUGGACUUGGUGUUCAAUCUGAACGACGAACCACGCGUCGCAGUACCCUGGGAGAAGAUCUCAAUGCUGAGUCGCCAGGCCGAGAUGCAAGAACUGAUUCCGGAAGAGCGCGUAGUGAGGGCUUGGCCCAUCGACCGAGGGGACGCCUGGGCUCCGAUCGAACCAGCCGACCAAACCAACAUCACCGCGUUCACCGAUGGAGCAUGGAGGGAUGUCUUCGACCCAUACGUGAGCGCCGUCUGUCCACCUACAUCCAAGGCGCGCUCCCAACGGAUCUGGAAUCGCCACGACAUCUGUCAUUCAUGCGUGGCGCCGCAUUCUCUGGACCAGUUCCCGCUCAGUUUCAACGCCGCCUCCGAAAUCUGCCACCAGCCCGACCUCGCUUAUCUCCAUGGACUCCUGAUUUCCCCGGCCUCAUUCAAGGUGUCGCAAGAACUUGUCCCGGUAUUCAGCCAAAGCGCUCUCACUGGAUUCAACGAUAUCCUCUUCCCAAGUCCAUGGAACUACGUAGACAAAGCGAAGUACCAACCAACAGAAGAACACCCAGACCCAGACUACAGCCUCAAGAAGAACUCCCUCUAUUGGGUCGGCAGCACCUCCGAAGGCGUCAGCCGCUUCGGCGAAUGGAAAGGCAUGCCACGCCAACGCUUCGCCCACCUAAUCAACAACAACACCGAUAACCAAGUCUCCGUCCUCCUCCAAUCCGGCUCCGACUCCUUCCGCCACGAAAUAAUGGACGGCAACGCCCCAACAACAGACCUCCACCUCCAAACCUCCGUGCACAUCGCCGACCCAAUCGUCCGCUGCGACGACUGCGCCGAACAAGCCGCCGAGCUGGGCACCGUCGGCUGGACCGACUUCCAAGCACACUGGUCCCACCGCUUCCUCUUCGAUCUCGACGGCGCAGGCUUCAGCGGCCGCUUCCUGCCUUUCCUGCACAGUCACAGCUUACCACUCAAGACCGGCUUGUUCCGGCAGUGGUUUGACUCUCGCGUCACUUCGUGGCUGCACUUCGUUCCCGUUGAUAUCCGUCUUCACGGUUUGUGGAGUACGCUGGCGUACUUUGCUGGUGUGCCUGCGGCUGAUGAGGGUGGUGCGCAGAUGCGCAUGAAGGCGCAUGAUCAGGAGGGGAAGUGGAUCGCUGAGGAAGGGCGGAAGUGGGCGCAGACGGUGUUGAGGAAGGAGGAUAUGGAGAUCUAUUUCUUCCGGUUGCUUUUGGAGUGGGGUCGGCUUACGGAUGAUCAGCGUGAUGUUCUGGGUUUUGCAUGA